AUGCGUUAUACUUCAGCCUUAUCCUUGGCUAUCAGCCUCUCGACUUGUGUCGCGGCUCGUCCCGAAAUUCCCUUCAUCAGCACCCUUCUCGAUCCAUUGCAGCAUAUCGUCCAAUCUGCUUACGCCGGUGAUGGACUCAAAGUUGGACAUCUCGGAGAAGUGGGUGGUAUCCCUGGUGUUGAUGCUACCUAUGAUUACAUCGUCGUAGGAGGAGGUACUGCAGGAAACACCAUCGGUUAUCGCUUAGCCAAGGCUGGCUAUAGUGUCGCUAUCGUCGAGGCUGGAGGCUUUUUGGAGAUUGCCAAGCCUAUUCUCGCUACGGCGCCUGGUGGUGUUACAGCUGGUAGUGGUGCUAGUCUUCUCGACUCUAAUCCUUUGAGGGACUGGAGAUUUACUACCACACCGCAAACAUCUGCUGAUAAUCGCGAGAUUCAUUAUGCGCGUGGAAAGGUGCUAGGUGGCUCAUCGCAGCUGAACUUUUUGGUCUACCACAGACCUACCAACGGUACAAUGGCUAAGUGGGCUGAGGAGGUUGGAGAUGACAGCUACCAAUGGGACCAAAUAAUGCCUCACUUCCAGAAAACCGCGACUUUCACACCCCCCGAUAACGAGAAGCGCGGACCCAACAUCGAAACCGACUACGACGCAUCCGCCUUCUCCUCCGAGGGCGGUCCUGUUCAAGUCAGCUACGCUAACUACGUCCCUUCCUGGGCCGCCCUUGUCGCAAAGGGCCUCAACUCCCUUGGUCUCAAGAGUAUUGAUGGUUUCAGCAGUGGCAGUCUUCUCGGAUACUCCUACACAACAACCGCCGUCCGACCCAAGACCGCUACCCGAAGUGCCUCUGAUGAUUUUGUCAAGGCUGCUCGUGAUGAGAAGCUCAAGACUCUCAAGGUGUACACUCAUAGUUUGGCCAAGAGGGUUUUGUUCGACGAUAAGAAAAAGGCGACUGGUAUUGAGGUUACUUCCGUUGGUCUAGAUUACACUCUCAAGGCGCGAAAGGAAGUUAUUGUCAGCGGUGGAGUCUUCCAGUCCCCUCAGAUUCUGAUGGUUUCUGGUGUUGGUCCCAAGAAGCAGUUGGAGGAGUUCGACAUUCCCGUCGUUGCCGAUCUUCCUGGUGUUGGACAAAACAUGUGGGAUCACAUCCUCUUCGGUCCUUCUUUCGAAGUCCAAGGUCUCGAAGACACCCUCAGCGUGGCUAUCAACAACGCCACCGUUUUCCAGGGCGCUCUCGACGCCUACAUCCAGCAGCAAGCUGGACCUUUGACAUCCAACCAAGUCGAGCUUUUGGGUUGGGAGAAGGUUCCUGAGAAGUACCGAUCCAAGUUCUCCAAGUCGACUCUCGAAGCUCUGAAGGACUUCCCCGAGGAUUGGCCUGAGACAGAGUUCAUUCCUCUGAACGUCUACUCUGAAGACUGGUCGUUCCCUAUUCUUCAACAACCCACCGACGGCAAGGCGUACACCAGCAUCAACGGCGGUCUCGUCGCCCCUCUAUCCCGCGGAAACAUCACUCUCCAAUCCAACUCAACCUCCGACGCACCCCUCAUCAACCCCAACUUCCUAAGCGAUAAAGCCGAUCAAGAAGUUGCCAUCGCCCUCUUCCGCCGUCUCCGCGAGGUCGCCAAGUCCGCUCCCAUGAAGAACACCGUCCUCAAGGAAGUCUACCCCGGUGAAGAGCACGAGUCUGAUGAGCAGAUCCUCGCUGUUCUGCGCGAUACUCUCAUGACUGUUUGGCACGCUGCUUGUACCUGCAAGAUGGGCAAGAAGGAGGAUAAGAUGGCUGUUCUCGACUCCAAGGCUCGUGUGUAUGGUGUUGAGGGCCUUCGUGUCGUUGAUGCUUCUUCCUUUCCUAUGCUCAUUCCUGGUCAUCCUAUGGGUACUAUCUAUGGAUUGGCUGAGAAGAUUGCGCAUGAGAUUAUUUCGGAGGUUGAGGAUGAGAGUCCUACUUACAACCUCGAUAUUGAUGCCAAGGUUGCAAAUUAG